GUCAACCAAACACACAGACGACACAAAGCCGUCGUGCGACGUCGUUUCGCUCACUCCCAUUCCAUUCGUUCACUCUCCCAUUCCCCGCUAAUUGCGCCUGUUUGGUUGUCCCCUUUUCUGACCAAAGCUUCCAUUGCAGCACUGCAGAUAUCAGAAAUGGAUAGUUUUAGUUAAUUUCUACUUCCCUUUCGCAUGCCCGAACGACGACGACGGCGACACAUUGUCAGGCUCAGACACCUCCGCCGCCUACCAUGUCCGCCCUCGUCUUCAUCCUUGUCCUAAUCCUCCCUCCCGCCCUCUCCCUGUCCUCCUACCCUUACAAUUACACUCUCCACAUUGAUUGCGGCGGCCUGGUCAACACCACCGACGUUUUCCGGACAACCUGGCUCUCCGACCGCUUCUACUCCGGCGGCGCCGCCUCCAUCGUCUCCGAACCGCUCCGGUUCGUCCACCAGCAGGAGAAAAACCUCCGCUACUUCCCGAUUUCCUCCGGCAAGAAGAAUUGCUACUCGAUCCCCACCGGCGGCGGCGCCGCCGCCCGCUACUUCCUCCGCACCUUCAGCGUCUACGACAACUUCGACGGUAAGUCUCACUCCCCUUCCUUCGACGUCUCCGUCGAGGGCACUUUAGUCUUUUCCUGGAGAUCCCCUUGGCCCGAAUCCGUUUCCCGCUCCGGCGCCUAUUCGGAUCUCUUCUUCUCCGACGACGAUUCCGGCGCCGUCGACGUUUGCUUCUACAGCAUCGCCACCGAUUCUCCGGUCGUCGGCUCCGUCGAGCUGAUCCAAAUCGACCCUAACGCUUACAAUUUCUCGUACCCUAAGAAUUCCAGCUCCUACAUUCUGGUUAAUUAUGGAAGAUUCUCGUCCGGGUCGGAUCAAUGGGGCCCCGGAUUCACCAACGACACCGAUUUCUUCGGCCGGUCAUGGCAGUCGGAUUCCGAAUUCCGGCUGAAGCCAAUCGCAGCCGCCAAUGCGGCGGCGGUCCGAUCGAUUUCCGCCGGAAAAUCGAUAGCAAAUGCCGGCGUUAGCCCGAAUUAUUUCCCCGAAAAGCUCUACAGGACGGCGAACGCGGCGGAGGGCGAUAGCGGCGGAAUAUUGGAGUAUGAGUUGCCGGUGGACGCGAAGCUCGAUUACUUGUUGUGGUUUCAUUUUGCGGAGAUCGACGCCGCCGUGACGAGCCCCGGACGGAGGGUAUUUGACGUGCUCGUAAACGGGGAGAGAAUUAAUACGGUGGACAUUUUUAAGGAGGUCGGGGGAUUUGCCGCGUACGAUUUUAGUUAUGUGGUCAAGAAUUUGAGUAGCACUACUUUGAAUGUGAGGUUGGAGUCGGUGGUUGGCGCGCCCGUGAUUUGCGGGCUUGAGAAUUACGCGAUUGUGCCGGUUGAUCCGAGAACUAUUCCCGAUCAAGCUACGGCCAUGAAAGCGCUGAAAGAAUCGCUCCGUGUGCCGGACAGAAUGGGAUGGAACGGAGAUCCGUGCGCGCCUUCGACUUGGGAUGCUUGGGAAGGCGUGACAUGUCAUCCUACUAAGGAUGGAUCGAACCUCGUCAUCUCUCAAAUAGAUAUCGGGAGCCAAGGUCUAAAAGGCAGUAUCAGCGACCAAAUUGGCCUUUUGACUAAUUUGGUAAGCCUGAAUUUGAGUUCCAAUUCGGUGGGAGGUGAGAUCCCAUCGGGGCUCGGCGUAAAGUCUCUCGUGAAGCUGGAUUUAUCGAACAACAAGUUCACUGGUUAUAUACCCGAAAGUCUAACCUCGUCCAGCUUGCAGCUCGUGUUACUGAAUGGGAAUUCGCUCGAAGGACCCGUCCCCGACGAGCUAUAUUCCGUCGGAGUUCGGGGUGGCAAAAUAGACCUUUCUGGUAAUAAAGGAUUAUGUGGCGUACCGUCUCUUCCGAACUGUUCAUUGCUUUGGGGAAAAAACGGGAGAUUGUCUACCGGCGGGAAGGUGGCAAUUGGGAUCUCGUGUCUCAUUAUUUUCUCGGCAUUGCUGCUCGGGAUCGUAUACUACAUCAAGAAACGACGCAACGACUACGAUUUCGGUCUUCCAAACGAACUCAUUUCUUUGGCCGCGAAGAGGAACCGAUACCAUAGGCAGAAAUCAUUGAUGACGCUCGAAAUGGAGAGCCAACACGCGAAAGGAUUCAUACCUACGUACAACGUUAGCUGAUCCAGUUCGAUCUAAUCUAAUCUGAUCUGAUCUGAUUGACGACAUGAAUUUUUGGUAGGGGAUGAACUUCAUUCGACCGAUUGUGAUGUAGAUAGCGAUGGUCCAUUCGUCCCCCCGCCCGAAACAAAGAUUUUUAUAAAGGAAGAACAGCUAUAAAGGGAGUGCAGUAUUAUUGCUACGAAAAGAUAUAGCAUAGGUGACAUUUUCGACUUUUUUUUACGACGAAUCGGGCUAGCUCUUUCUUGUUUGUUUCUUUUUUGGGUGCAUUGUAUUGUAUUGUAUUGUAUGUCCGAAAGAUGUUUUUGUCCCCACAGUGUAUAUCAUAUUCGUAUUUGGUAAGAACCUUCUUAAUUCAUUGUUAAAAUUCAUCUAGGAACUUCAUUACACCAUUUGA